CCCCUAAUCGAAGUUGAAUAAUAACCAUGAAUGGAUAUUUUGAACGGAUUUCCUGCAAUUUAGCAGUACAGAUAUCUCAUGUUUCCUGUUGUUUUAGAUUAAUUUAGUCCAAUAGAAAGAACAGUAUGAUAAAUAAACAUAAAUUCUAGCAAAAGUUAAGUAUUCGUCUCAGCCGUUAGACAUUCAUUAAACCAGACAUGAGGAAAAUGCUACCAGGUAUAGGCGUCAUUGGAACUCCAGCAUCUGUCCGUUCGUAUGUCCCUCUCCUUAAAUCGUGUGGAUUCCAAGUAGUUGCAUUAUGGGGUAGAACUAAAGAAGAAGCCACUGGACUUUCUGUCGAACUUGAUAUUCCAUUUUGUGCAGUCAAAGUUGAUGAAAUUCUUCUAAACAGAAAUGUUGAUGUAGUGGUAAUUAGCUGUCCUCCCCAUCUCCAGUCAGCAAUUACAAUCAAAGCCUUAGGAAUAGGAAAGCAUGUUUUAUGUGGUACACCUGCAGGACCUAGUCAACUAGAUGCAUUAAAAAUGGUAAAUGCAGCCAGUUAUUAUCCAAAGCUAAUGUCUCUUGUAGUCUUUGGACUUCGAUUCUUACCUACAAUCUCUAAACUGAAACAGUAUAUUGACAAAGAUUAUAUAGGGGACAUAUCAAUUUGUGAGAUACGUAUUCAUUAUGAAAAGAAACCAAAAGAACAUUUUGAUUGGAUGUGUGAUGAAACCAUGGGAGGAGGUGUUCUAAACACUAUAGGAAGUAAUAUCAUAGAUUUAGUAACACACCUUACUGGUCAGAAAGCUGUGAGAGUACAUGGUAUGCUGAAAACAUACACAAAACAAACUGACAAGAUUAAAGGGAUCCGUGAAAUCACCAGUGAUGAUUUCUGUUCUGCGCAACUAGAGUUGGAAAAUGGAUCUUGUGCUACCUUAACAAUUAAUAGUCACAUCCAUGGCCCUUUUAACCAAGAAAUAAUGCUAGUAGGAAGCAAAGGUAGACUUACAAUCAGAGGAGCAGAUCUCUACGGUCAGAAAAAUGACUCUUUGAAGGAGGAACUUCUGCAUUUUGAUCCAGUAAAUUUCAAGGAGGAACAACGUUAUGGCGUAUCAGACAAAACUAGAGCUGAAAUUCCAACACCAUAUUUGAAGGGAAUCAUCAGAUUAAUUGAGUCAGUCAAAGAUGCUUUUGAAAAAGAAGAGGAAAGGCAAAGCUAUUGUCAAGACCCUGUUAAAGUCGCAGCUAACUUUGAAGAUUCUUUAUAUGUUCAAACAGUGGUUGAUGCAAUAAGAAAGUCAAACAAAUCAAAAGAGUGGAUCAAAAUUGACAUACUGAAAGAAGAGCCUGAUCCCAAUCCAUUUUUAUCUACAACAAUUAGAAAGAGCACCCUAACAUUACAUUAACAUACAUGUACAUGUACAUGUAUAUACAUUUACAAUGUAGAGUUUGUACAACUGGUUUAUUUACAACUAUUAGUGUAGAUUAUGUUUUCAUUGCAAAAUGUGAAAACAAAUUACAAAUGGUGUUUUCUUUUCAUUUGAAUUAUCAAGUUGAGUAAACACAUUAAGUUCCCCUAGGCUUCAAACAUAUUAGAUAAAUUUAGUCAUAACAGUUGACAAUUAUAUUAUUUUGGGUGUGCACUGGUUUCUUACAAUGUUCAGUAAAUGAUAUUAUAAAAUGUACAUGUAACAUCACAAAAAUCAUCUUAUAAAUAUUUAUGUAAAUUAACAUGAUAUAUAACUAUAAAUGUUCUAUUCAAACUUACUACAAUGGAUAAAAAUAAAUGUGAAAAAAAUAAAAAUACAUACAUGUACAUGUAUGUAGCUACAUGUAUAUAUGUCAUAAUGAGUUAAAAAAACAGGGCGUCCUUCAAUUCUUUCUAGGCCGUUUUUCUCUAUUCUUUAUAAAUUUUGCCCAUUGUUCCCUAUUCUUUUUAUUUUAGCACCCUAUGAUUCUCUAUUCUUUAUUUUUUGAACCAUUUUACUGCAGUAUAAAUGGCCCAUUAUUCUCUAUUUUGUAAACCCAUCCAGACCCUCUUCUAUGGUUAAGUUUUUUUCAAUUUAGGGCAUGUAGGGGCCUUCUAUGUAAAUCAUAUAAAACAAUCCAAUGACGGAUCAAGAAAUUUUCAUAAGUGGGGCCCGCUCCAGUUAUGCUUCAGUGAUUCCCUAUAUAAUCAACCAAAUUUUUCCCAAAAAAGGGGGGCCCAGGCCCCCCCUAAAUCCGCCUCUGAAAUCCUGAAUAAGUAAAAAUAUGCAAUGUUGCAUACAUUAACAUAAACAAGAAUGAUUUUGGUCAAUAAUUUUGGAAGACAUACAUUAUUGUUUUAAUACUGCUGAUAUACAUAUACAUUGUACACGUAUAACUUUUUUAUUGUACAUGUACCAGUAUACUGCAUCAGAGAUUUACUAUUAUAAACAUAUUGGGAUCAUUUGAAAAUAUAUUGACCAUAUUUUUUAAUCAUUCUAGCUAUAUUUCAACAAGCUAUAUGUAUCAUAAUAAAGUCUUUCUUAACAUGCUGCAACAUGCAUGACAUGUGCAAGAGACAGUACUUUGUCACCAAUCUUUCCACUUUAAAUGAUUCUUUAUUAUAUUUUGAAAUAAUUAAAACAAAAACCAACUAAAACAAAUGAAAAAAAUAGCUCUUUUAAAUGUAUGUGUACACAUUAUUAUAUACAUGUGUGUGUAAACUGUGUAUGGCUACAAUGUACAUUUAUGCAUUCAUACAAUGUAUUUAUAUACGUGGUUUUCCUUGAAUGUUUUUUGGAUGAGUCCAACAAGGACUCAUAAUUUUGGCUAUGGCAAAUCUAAAGUUAUGAAGUCUGUUGUAUUUUCCUAUUACAGUAUAGCUUUCAGUGUAUCUUUUUUUUCUCACUGGUCAAGACAAUAAGAGGUUAGAGGUUGAAGACUUACAAAACACAUGUUAUAUACUUGUCCUUAGACAGUAAUCUCAACCGUCUGAAAGUAAUUGUUGUAUUUUAUGUUUUCUAAGAUCAUUAGUCAUACAUGUACAGUAUGUGUUGAAUUCUAUAUAAUAUGUUUAGACAUCUGUGAACUCAGAUGUCUGUUUAUGUUUAAUUGUGCAGUGAGUUGCUGUCUCAUUGACAUUUUCUCUUCAUGUCUUUGCAGAGUAUUCAUGGUAUUAUUUGCCAGUAAACUGCAUUGUAUUCCAUAAUGUUUGAUUUUUUGAUUUUGAAUUUUUUGGCAUUACAUAUUGAAAUUGUCUAAAAUAAUUGAAAUAAGUUUGGGAUAUGUGCUAUUCUAUCAUGUCUAUUGAUUUCAAAGAAAAGUUGAAGUCAAAGUUGCAAACUAUUGUAAGUUUUUCACAUCUGUACAAUCUUUCAAGUUUUGGAGUACAUUUUGUAAUUGCUCCCAUGAUAGAUUUUUGAAGAGACAUCAAAUGACAUUGUCCGAAUAUUCCAUUUUUUGUUUUAUUUACUCCUGCAAUCAUACCAUUGAAUCAACAUUUAGAUAAAUAUUAUAGUUUCUAAAACAAACUGAAAAAUGGAUUGUGAAAAAUAAGUAUUGGAAAGUAAGAAUUAUUUUGAAUGCCUAUCUAAUUAAAAUUAGUUCUCCGCACUUGCUUCUCAUUUUUGUUCCCUUGUUUAUAUGUCCCAUGAGCGACAUAUAAACAACCAAUCAAAAAUGAGGAGCAAAUGCAGAAAACUAAUUUCAAUGAAAUUAGUUUGUUAGAAUGCAUGUACAUUAAUCAAACAGAGCCAUUUACAUAACAAUUACUAAUUAUCAUAUCAGAACUAUUUUUUGAUUUUUUUCUUUUGUGUAGAAUGAUAUUUCAAUAUGUAUAUUAAUUGUUAGUUUAUUUAUUAUAUUUGUUAUCCUUUUUUUUAAUAGUUUAUUUAUUGAUGUAGAUCUGAAUAACAAAGGUAUACUCAUGACAGUAAAUGUAGCAGAAUCAUUUUACACAUCUCCACUUUUUCACUUCUGUAUCAUAAACUUAUAAAUCAGUUUAGGAUUUCAGAAGAUAAAUGGAAAAUGCAUGGACUUUUCUCCUUUUGAAAGUGUCACAGUAGCUAUAGGAACUUAUUUGGAAAGAGGAAGGAAAUUUUUAAGGAAACAAUUUUUGCCAAUUAUAACAUAUCUCACAUACUGGAUCAUUGUAUGGCCUUGUUCCAUGUAAAUAAUAGUUUUGGUCAUAUUGCUUGGUAAAUAAAUGUUUAAAGGAGUACAAAAGUAUUUCAAAAGAGUAGGUCACUCUGACCUACAUUUUACACUUCAUUGACUAAACAGACUAAAAAUUCUGACUUUCUGAAGUUUUACAUUUGAGCUCAUUUUUCUGAUGGCAUGUGACCUUCAAUCAUAUAACUCUGUACAAGGAUGCAUUCAAAACAUAUACAAACUUCCAAUAACAUGUAGGUCAGUCAUGUGGGUCUCAUUGGGGUCUAAGCGUGACGCGGGAUUGCCAAUUUUUUGUAAGCGUGACACGUGAAAGUCAAAUUAUUGUGCCGUGAAAACGGGAAAUGAAGCCUAGUGGGAUACGGGAAAUAACAAAAAAAUGAGAAUUGCUUACGUACAUAGUGUAAGCGGGAUACAGGAAUUUGACAAAACAGUAAGCGGGAUCCUGGGAUCAGAACCCCCCAAUGAGACCCCCAGUCAUUGAUAUAAGAAGGUGUGGUAUGAGUGCCAAUGAGACAACUCUCCAUCCAAGUCACAAUUUAUAAAAGUAAACCAUCAUAGGUCAUGCCUAUCAGUGGCAGAUUCAGAAAUUUUCAUAAGGGUCCCUACUGACUGCCUAAGAGGGGGCCCGCUCCAGUCAUGCUUCAGUGAUUCCCUAUAUAAUCAACAAAAUUUUUCCCACAAAAAAACCCUCUAAAUCCGCCUCUGCCUAUAUUUUAUACUUCUUUCGUUUGUUUUUAUUUUAAUAUCUAAUUUCAUUUCUUAUAUACUUAGUGAUCACAUUGUUGUCCUUUUUACACUGAAGUUAAAUUCACCUUAAAUACCAGUUACUUUAAAUCAUACUAGUCAUGCUAGGUUAUUCAACCAUUUUGUGGAAAAGCUGACCUUGUUAAUGGUAUACCAAUUUUCCCCUUCAAAUCUAUCAUUGGCCAUCCAAUAUACCUAUGAAAAAUUUGCUAAAAUAAGGUGUUUUAUUCACAUGAAGGGGAUCUUUAUAAAGGAAUGGGGUUCAUAACUAUUAUACAUAAUAUCUAAUUUAAGUCAUAGAUCAGCUCUAAAAUAAUAAUCUUUGACAAGCAGAUCACAAUUUAAUAUGCUUUGUCAUUUGUACAGAACUUACUAAUAUAAAAAUAAGAUGUAGUCGGCCUUAAUUUUCAAUAUGAACUGACUCUUGUGUUUGUAUAUAAUUUAAGUUGAAACAUCUUUAUUAUUGUGUAAUAGCAUUCAGGCAGCAGUGUUAUUUAGUGUCCAAUUGGAAUAAAUGGCAAAGAGAUAUUUUACAUUGCAUUUAAAAUUUCAUUGAAAGCUUCUCAUUAAAUUAGAAUUAGUACAUGUUGUUAGAUCAUUUCAGUAUCUGAAGGUGUUUGUACCCACAAAUCGAAAAUAACUUCACUUUAUUGGUUGAAUUCCAUUGUUUUGAACAUUUUUAACCUAUCAUAAUGUUUUAGUGCACACUAUUGAAAAUAUUCCCCAGAAUGCAUUAAUUCUGAAACAGCCAAUUCAACAUCUGUCAAUCAACACCUGACAAAAGCCUGCUGUCUGAUUUAAUAUUUUAAGGGUUUUCACAGAAUGUAACUACAAUACAUGUAAGUUAAAUUCAAGCCAACAUUUAAAGCAUUCAUUAAAGCAAAAUGUUAAAAAUAAGAUUGUUUUUUGAACACUUUGAUAAGGCACCAACCAUUCACUUUUUGUGGAAAAAGGGGGUAUGUGUUUUAUUAAAUAUAAAUUUUCAAAAUUUCUUGAGAAAAAAAUAAAUAUUUAUUUCCAAAGGGAAAUGAAAGAAAAAAGUGUGUUUCUAUUAAACAAUUAAAAAAAUAGAAAGCAACAUUGGGUUUAAAAAAAAUAUAUUGUUGCUGUAUGAUAUUGAAAAAAAAAUCAUGUAAAUUAAGUUUAAAAAAUAAUUGUCCCAUGAACAAAACCACACUCCCACAAAAUAUGAAUAGUUGGUGCCUUACAAAAUGUAAUUAACAUCUGAUUAAACAGUUUACCAUAUUACACAUUAUUUAUAGCAUUAAACAUGAGACUUAA